AUGGAUUAUAUACAGGAUAUUCGUCCCACCCGGGACCUACCCUACCCUAAUCUCAUCAAGUAUUACGCCACCGCGAACCAGCACGCGUACUUCAUGGAGCCCAAGGAUCCGAUUUUCCUCCGACGAACCCAUGAAGAAAAGGCUGCUGAGAACGCCAUCGUCCGCAAGUAUCCGGGAUUCGGAUCGUUGUCUCACGUGUACCGACAAGAGCGCCAGGGAAAGGGGUUCCACCAACUUGUCUUCUUCCGCCGCGACCGAGGCACGGUUGACCACGGCCUAGGCCGUUCGAACGAGGAUGUUUAUGAGUGCGCUAAGAUGAAUGUUCUGCGCCACCCUCGUGAGAAUGACCACAGCAACUCGAAUUAUAGGGAAGCACGGCCGAAGUCGGUAACUGGUUUCGAUCGGGCGAUGCUCGAUCUUGCGAACUAUCCGUUCCUCGCGCGUUCUGUCAUGAGCGCACCUCUUCUGCCCCGUUGCAGCCCUUUGUCGAAGGCCGACAUGAAGGGCAAGGCCCAAAUCGAGGGCAAAUUUUCUCUACCGAGAAGCACGCAGCCGUCGGCUUUGACUCGUGUCUUUCAGACACCGGAGCUGUGCCUCCACUUCAUCGAGACUAUCGGUGAUCGCUGGGCUGAUAUGUCCAACUUUAGUCGAAGCUGUCAGAUGGUCUUGUACGCUCUCAAUGAGGUUGCGGCUCGAGUUGACACGACGCGUGGCAAUUUCCUCAAUCUGGAAUUUACCGACAAGGAAAUCAACGAGGCUAAUGCGGGAGAGGAUUCCGCUGUCGUUCAGCAGAAGGGAGAGUUCCUGAAGCCGUCUCCGCCCACGUUUCUCAUGGUGUCCAACGUGCGACGUUCCUACGAAGGAGCAGAGGAUGGAGAAGAUGAGCCUCUUAAGUUUGGUUAUCCUGCCAAGCCGAAGGGAUGGUACUUCACCCCCUCAGCUGCUAGACGUGUCAUCGACACGUACAAAUUGAGCAAGUCUACAUGGUAUAAACGUCUUUGCACAUAUACUAACAGACAUAUAGUGAAAUGCAUCGAUGUCCGCGGGCACCAGAUCAAGGUACUGCACUUGCACUCUACUCCGAACGUAGAUGUGGCCGUUGUCCGAAUGUUUCUUGAGAGUCUCCCGAACCUGAAAGUCCUAGGUGUUCACAAUUGCGAACUCCUUCACUUUGGCACAACCAUCCCGAUGCUCAAGAUGAUAAUUGAGCACAAUGAAACCAAGGGAAAGAAGUUUGUGAGAACUGAUUUUUCACCUUUCUAUUACCACGGUAUCCAGCGCCAAUCGGAUGGACGCAGAGGCGAGUACGGAGUGAUUCCUUCGGAUCACGGAUUGAUUGAUACUCGCAGAGGUAUCGUAGCGGUCCUACGUAUAGCUGUACCUCUCGCCCUGAAGAAUGGUAUCGACUGGUUUACGCCUGGUACUGGAAUGCGUCAAUUCCUAGACAGAUUUCCCUUCGCAUUGGGUACCAUCAGAUACAUCUUAGAGGCUCUGUACAACCUCUACUACGAGGACAUUGCACCCGCAGAGGGGGCCUACGCCGACAUGAUGCGUCGGGCUCUCAACAACGAUCUAAUUCUCGCUGUUAACGGAGGAUGUAUGGACAAAGACACGCUGUAUGCGACCACAAGCGGCACGACAGGGCAGUUCACUCCAGUCGAAUGUGCCUAUUGCCACGCUAAACUUCCUUCGUACUUCUUCACAACUCGGUCCAUCAGUCGGCACUGGAGCCAGAUUGAGUGUGUGGGAUGUCAGUUGUGCACUAACUUGGACCUCCACGUUGACGACUUCUACCAAGAGCGUAGAAAAGUACUGGAAAUUCUGUUUGACCGCGGCCAAAUCCGGACAAUUGACGAGUUCAUUAACGGAACGCGAACCGCAACUGCGCAAGAAAUUUGCAAUCCCGAAUUUCCUUUCUUCCUAACCGCGGUGAAGUCUAUCAAGGACAUCUUAGCGGCAAGUGGCAAGAAAAAGCGCGGUUUGGUUCUGGGUCUGCGACCGGGCCCCAAGCUCCCGGAGAGGGUCAAAAAGAUUUGGCUAUGGCGUGAACGAACAUUUCUUGCAAUGAAGUAUGCUAGGACUCAUGUUGAUCGAGGAUUCAUCAAACUGAGACCUAUAUUCAAACGUGCCUUUCUACGAAUCAGAAAUCUGGAUGCGGAAUAUGAAACUGGACUCUCCUCCCAAUCGAGAAUACAGGAGAAUCGAGAUGAACGAGAUCGUAUCCGGCGUUACAUUGACCAAGAAUAUGCUCGCUGUGGAUUGCGACAGAUGGGGGGUGUCUAUGACACCAGGGUUGCUUCGGAUUGGGACUCGGUUAUCGAGAAUUAUCGCCAGACCGUCCAGGUGGCGUGCGGUGUGAUUAGGGACAAUGGUCCUUACAAUACCGUAUGGAACACUGCGCCUACCGGCUUCUGGUAG